CAAACCCAGAUCUGGGUUUUCCCUCAAACUUCAUCUUCUUCCUCCUUUCCUCCUUCCUUUCCAUGCUCAUCCUUUUUCUUUCUUCUUCUUAUUCUUUCUCUCUCUGUUCUCCCUUCUUCUUCCUCUUUCAAACCCAUCUCAUUGUAGAAAAAUUGCCACCUUCUUCGACUUUUUCAACGCUACCACCGCCGCUCUUGUUUUCUCAUGUAAUCAGUUGCAACCGAUUGAUUGCUUUCUUAUUGUUUACAUAUCCAUUUUUGCUUGAUGUGGAUUUGGAACUUUGAUGGGUGUUUUGCAAGUACAAAGGCUGCAUAUAGGACUGCCAAGAGCGGGAUGGGCAUGGCCUCCAUGGGUGUGAGGAGACGGGAGUUGAGAAUUCCAGAUCUGCUCGGUUUCUCCCCUUUCCCUAUCCGUGAGCUGCAGCUUGCCGCGAGCUUCUUCUCCAAAUUGCCGCCGACCUCUUUCCCCCCUGCCAUGUCCGGUUUGCUUGUUGGAAUUCUGAAAAAUAGGGAGGGAUUCCGGUAGCCUUUGAACAUGUUUUAAGCUUGGUUUAAGUGUAAAUUAGCUUGAUUUAAGUGUAAAUUAGCUUGAUUUAGAUUGUUGUGAUUUUUGGAGAGAAAAUCUCGUGAAUUAGCUAAUGGUUUGGGCAAUUUUGGAAGUUGGAGUUACUGUUCACAUUGUGGUUACUGUUCAUAAGCACUGUUCACACACCUAGGGUCAACAAUUAACGGGGAUUUAAAUGAUUAGUUUGUGAUAUAAGAAUGAAUUUGAAGAUAUUCAAUCAUGUGGAGAUUGAUAGGAAUAGCAUCGUGAUUAGGGAUAGUCCUAAUGAUGAUUUUACUUUGAAUUGUGGUAGUGCGGUAUUAAUUCUGGGGUAUUUUGAUUAGGUUCCUGAUCAUUCUAUCAAUUAGCACCGAGAUUGAGUGCUCGGUUUUAUACGAGUGAGGUAAAUAAAUUUAUGGUAAUGCCCGUAUAGUUUUUAAAAGCAUGUUUUGAUUUGUUUUUGAAGUGGUGGCGGGACUAAACCUGUUUUACACGAGCAUGACUGAUUUGAAGUGAAAUUUUAUGCUUUUCAUUAAAUUGAGCAUGCCUACUUGAAAUUUAAUUGAUUGUCCUGAUGAUUUGAAAGUGAUUGGUGAAUUAUGAUUUUUCUGUUAACUUUUGCCUGUUUUGUCUCCGAUGUGGUUAUGUUAUUGAUAACCCUGCUAGUGGGAGUUAAACGCUAGCAUAUGUCGACAUGUAUUUUUGUAGAGCCGGUUCCUUCUGCUAGUGAGAGUUGUUAAACACUAGUAUUUCUGUAAUCCUGCUAGUGGGAUUUUACACUAGUAAUUUCUGUAGCCUGCCAGUGGGAGGUUUAUAACACUGGCCGUGACCUAUGGAGGAGACGUCUAUUUCGUUCCCGUACUUGUAUCCGUUUUUUUUAUUAUACUUGUUGGCAUGCUAUAAGUUUAAUAAGGGGCACUCCAUAUU